AUGCAGUUGCAUCUACAAGCAACAAAGAGAGUGUUCAGAUAUUUGAAGGGGACAAUGGACUAUGGCAUUUUCUACAGCAAGGGAGGAAACACAAAGCUGAUGGCCUUCACAGACAGUGACUAUGUUGGAGACUUAGAAGAUAGAAAGAGCACAUCGGGAAAUUUGUUUUUGUUGAGUUCAGGAGCUGUGUCGUGGUCUUCAAGGAAGCAACCCGUAGUCACGUUAUCCACCAUUGAAGCUGAGUUUAUUGCAGCAGCUUCGUGUGCUUGUCAAGCUGUGUGGCUUAGAAGGUUGCUGGAAAAAUUGGAACAUGUUCAAGAAGGGUCCACAGUGAUCUACUGUGAUAAUAAUUCAGCUAUUAAGUUGUCGAAAAAUCCUGUUAUGCACGGUCGGAGUAAACAUAUAGACGUGAGAUUCCAUUUUCUUCGGGACCUUAGUAAAGAUGGGGUAGUGAAGCUGAUACAUUGUGGAACUCAGGAAUAG